CUUAGUGUUAUCAAGCAAACGUCUUCUAAUUAAUAAGCAUAGCUAUUUAUCCAAAAAUACAUUUCUCUCUGCCAUGGCAGUCUACAAGAGCCCCUCGUCUUUACCCAGCCAUUGUUCUGAUAUUCAUACAAAAAUUGCAGAUAAUGGAGCUAUUAGACCAUCUCUUGUUGCAUGUAGAGCUACUCCUCAGAAGUGGACCAUUCUAGAAGCAACUUCUGAACUCUCGAAACCGCACCAAAUUAUUCUGAAUGGACAAAGUUUUAAGUCUGACUUGCAGGAUGAAUUUUCCAUGGAAUAUGAACAAAAACUGAAGGAUAUCAGGGAAAUAUUGAAAUCAGAGGAAUUAGAAAAUCAAAUAGAAAGCUUAAUGUUGGUAAAUGCUAUCCAGCGACUAGAUGUUGAUUACCAUUUUCAGGAAGAGAUUGAAGCAGUUCUUCGGCGACAUUACAUGGAAGCCACCACUUCUUUUGAUGGAUACACUCUUCAUGAUCUUUCACUUUUCUUCAGACUCUUGAGAGAACAUGGUUUUUCCAUUUCCGCAGACAUAUUCAACAAAUUCAAGGGAACAGAUGGGGUGUUUGAAGGGAAAUUAAAGCAAGAUAUUAGAGGAUUGAUGGAAUUGUAUGAAGCUGCGCAGCUAGUGACAGAAGGAGAAGAUAUUCUUGAUGAAGCAGCAAAAUUUAGUGGCCAAAUUGUUAGUGGCAGAUUGAAGCAUCCUUAUCACAGAAGCAUUGCAAGAUUUACUGCAAAGAAGUAUAUUAGAGAUUUCCAAGGCAUAAAUGGAUGGAGAAAAAAAUUGAAAGAGCUCGCAAAAAUGAAUAUUUCCGUGGCAAAGACCGGCAACCAACAAGAACUGGCCAAAAUUUCCAAGUGGUGGAAAGACCUUGGUUUGGCUCAGGAAUUAAAGCAGGCUAGGAACCAACCAUUAAAAUGGUAUACAUGGUCUAUGGCUUCCCUGAGCGAUCCAAGCAUGUCGGAGCAAAGGCUUGAGCUCACCAAAUCCAUCACGUUUAUUUACAUAAUAGAUGACAUUUUCGAUCUUUAUGGGACACCAGAAGAACUUACUGUCUUUACCCGAGCUGUGCACAUGUGGGACUAUUCGGUCGUUCAGAUAUUACCAAAACCGAUGAAGAUGUGCUACAAAGCCCUUCUUGACACCACAAAUGAUAUAGGGUGCAAGAUCUACAAAAAGCACGGAUAUAAUCCGAUCGAUUCACUGAAGUUAGCAUGGGGAAGUCUGUGUGACGCCUUCCUAGUAGAAGCUAAAUGGUUUGCUUCAGGGCACUUGCCAACCUCACAUGAGUACCUAGAAAAUGGGAAGCUGAGUUCAGGAGUACAUGUGGUGCUCGUCCACCACUUUUUUCUUUUGGGAGUCAAUAGAAAAACAGGAGGGGCCGUUCAAUUGGAUGAUAUAGCAGAACUCAUAUCCUCUGUGGCCGCUAUUCUCCGUCUCUGGGAUGACUUUGGAAGUGCCAAGGAUGAGCAGCAAGAUGGAAAUGAUGGUUCAUACAUAGAGUGCUACAUGAAAGAGAAUCCAGGAUCAACCAUUGAGACUGUGCGAGAGCGUGUUAUUGAUAUGAUAUCAAGUGAAUGGAAGCAUCUUAACAAGGAGUGUUUUUGUUUAAAUAAAAACUCAUCAAGCUCAUCUUUCACAAAAGCUUCUCUUAAUCUUGCAAGAAUGGUUCCUCUAAUGUACAGUUACGAUGACGAUCAUCAGCUCCCAAUCCUUGAAGAGUUCAUCAACUCCACACUCUUUGAUGAUACCGUCUUGGUACACCGUCCUUAAAAAGAAUAGCGCAAAUGAUGAAAAAUUCCACAAUUCUUGGUUCCUGGCGUCUAGCCUUUUAUCUCCAUUAAGAAAUUAUCUAUUGAGAAUGUAUGGUAGAAAUAGUUGCAAAGGCGAUGAAUUAAUGCCUCGAUGCAAUGACAUCGAUAUAUUUGUUGCAUCAUAUAUUGUUUGAAAUUAAAAAUAAUGAUACAUAGUACGCUCUUUGUCGGGUCAAUAGAUACAAGUUAUUCUAAGUGGCAUUUUGUUCACUAGUCCACAAACAGAUAUGUUAAAUAUUAUAUGAGAAAACAAUUGAAAAGAAAAAUCACAAGGAUAUAUUCACG